AUACAACGUCAGAGUAUAGAAAGCAUAGUUUGUGGGGUAUAAAAAUGAAGAGAACCUCAAAACCUCUUAUGAAUCAUUCAAGAAGGUAGUACCUCCUUUCAUUUUUUUCUAUUUUGUCAACACAACUAACGAAGUACGCUGAAUUCAAUGAAAUCUUACAACAUACAUCUUGAAGUGCAUUUUGGCAGUCAUUACCAAACGUUGGCCGAAUUUUGGUAGUCAAUAAAAAAUUGUAAUGCGACCAUUAGUUUGUGCCGUAACAGCGUCUCGAUCGGAGUUCCACACCACUGUCUUACUUUGAAAUUCUCAACAAACAAAUGGAUUACUACAACACAAUCUACACAUAUCUUGCUAUUCUGGCAGCACUGAAAUGGACAAGUUCUACAACAGGCCAACCAGAUAACACAACACCUGCACAUAAAUACCCGUCUGCGGUCCACACUCAGCAACAGUGUGUCUGCACGCAGCACAACGAUUUGCCAAUAUACGAGCGCCCCAGCACUCACUCCAUCCCGAUCGGAAACAUGUACCAUGGGGAUUGCAAACUAUAUUACCAGCAGCAGUACCAUACCGCUGCCUUUCUACCAGUUCUGCAUUAUCACCAGGUUGGUUACGUAAUUAACGACUCAAAUACCAAUGUAAAUCCAUGUCCGAAUUUCGUCACCGAGAAGGAAGACAAACUUAUAACAACAACUGCAAGACCAUCCCAAUGCAACAAACUUGCACUUUUCACUGACAUUGCAUACAAGAAAAACGUUGGUAUACAAAGCUCUUUGAAAUGUCCAGGCAACGUGAACCACGACGCUGAUGCUGCUGUGAUGGCCUUUUGUUCCGCACCAGAUCCGGCUUUAUGGUUGAGAGGAAUCAAAGUGACGGAGAAUUGCAAUCAGUUAGCGCAGUACAUACCUGUAGCUGUGUUUGACCACCAGUCAACCUACCAACAGGCAGCCGGUAUCUUACUCGCAUGUAAUCAACAGGUUAUACAUAUUGCCACGCAGAAUUGUACAGAAGGUCUGCAUAUAACAGAGGUUACCAUAUCUGACAAACCUACAAGUUUAGAGUAUCACGUGGUAGAGUGGCCAUAAAUACAACAUAGCUACACAAAAAUGAAUUGUUUGUUUAAAAAAUUGUAUAUUUCAAAAUCAUAAUAGUGUUUGUAUCAUUCAAGAGAGUAUAGUACUAUACAGCAGAAUAUUUAUUAUAAACAUACAUUGAUAUAAAGUG